AUGGGUUUUUGGAAAAUACUCACGGAGUUUCUCUUCAUUCAUCGGUUCACGGACCAGACUAAAUUCUCUCAUACUUACUCUCCUGUUCAAGAUCUUUCUCUUGUUGAUGCUUUUGAUGCAGAGUCUAUCGAUGGGGCUUGCAACUCGCCUACGAACAGACGAUGCUGGUCAAAUGGCUUUGACAUUCAUACUGAUUAUGAGGAAGUGAUUCCAGAGGGCAAAAUUCGCAAGUUUCUUUUGUAUGUUACUAACGAAAGGAUUGCACCUGAUGGAUACUGGGUUGACCGGAUGCUCUUCAAUGGAACAUAUCCUGGACCGACUCUUGAGGGGAACUGGGGAGAUACUUUUGGCAAGUCAUGUUGCUUUGAAAUCACCGUCGUGAACAAAUUGACCAACUUCAACGGCACUUCUAUCCAUUGGCAUGGUAUUCGCCAACUAAACACCAACUGGAUGGACGGCGUAUCAGGCGUAACAGAAUGCCCAAUCCCUCCCGGUGAGAACUUCACUUACGUUUGCAGAGCUACACAAUACGGAACAUCGUGGUAUCAUAGUCACUUUAGUCUACAGUAUGCCGAUGGACUUGCAGGCGCUCUCAAGAUCAAUGGGCCAACUAGCAUGGACUACGACGUUGAUCUUGGCCCAGUCCUCAUCACUGAUAACUUCCACAAAACCACUUUCUCCCAAGUCCAGCUCGAAUAUUUAGGCCGCCCUCCAGCUCCAGACAGCAUGCUCAUGAACGGCAACGGCAGAUACUACUGCUGUCCCUCUCUCGACAAGAACUGCAAGGGUGACUCCAAACUCACAUCUUUCCACUUCGAACCAAACAAGACUUACAAAAUGAGUCUCGUCAACACCGCUGCUUCAACGCACACAACCUUCUGGAUUGACUACCAUGAUUUCUGGGUCGUGGCCACUGACUUUGUCCCCAUUGUGCCCUACAAGACAGACAUGAUCAACAUCGCCAUUGGUCAGCGCUACGACAUUAUCGUCAAUGCGACAGCUGUCAAGGGGAAGAAUAGCAGAAACGUCAACUUUUGGAUGCACGCUCGCGAUUGUCAGAAUGGCGGUGCGAGGUCCAAUCUUGGCAUCAUUCGGUACGAUGCUAAUUCAAAGUCUAUCCCUUGGACACCUCCCCCCAAAGAAGAUAACAUCUGCUACGGCUGCCAGGAUGAGCCUAGUGAGAAGUUCAAGCCUAUUGUGCAGCGCAACAUUACACAGCACAACGAUGACUACAUCAAGAACUCGUUCAAGGUGCAUCUCGUCGGAUAUCCCAAUGAAUUCAAGAAAGACUCCAUGAUGCACAAAUGGGUCCUCGCCAACUCAUCUUUCUAUCUUGACUGGGCAGAACCAAGUCUAAGUCUCGUCAAGAUUGCUUCUGAAAAAGGCUGGAAUAAUCCUCAGUUCCCUGUUGGGUAUGAACCUGUGACCCUUGACUAUGCGAAUGGAACGUGGGUUGCUUUUCUCAUCGAGGGUAAAUUCACAGAGUCGAUUCAUAAUUCUACGACAAAGGGACAUCGCAAGGUAUACAAGACGCAAGCACCCGUCGCGCAUCCAAUUCAUGUGCACGGACAUGACUUUGUUCUUCUCGACUCUGGAAACAAAGAGUUUGAUCCAAAGAAUUUUACUCUUCAACUGACCAAUCCUCCUCGUCGGGAUGUUGUACUCUUACCGGUUGAUGGCUACAUUAUCAUCGCCUUCCAAAUCAACAACCCUGGUGUUUGGCUAAUGCACUGUCAUAUCGCCUUCCACGCAUCGGGAGGCCUGGCACUUCAAUUCAUCGAGUCCCCUAGAACCAUUGGACCGAUGUUUAAAAAUUCGGGUAUCUUGCCUACAUAUUCCGAGACGUGUGCGAACUGGGCUGCGUAUUAUACCAUGUUUAACAAGCACAAUAAUGCGACUCAGGAUGAUUCUGGUAUUUAG